AUGACACAAAAGAUUCACCGGUGGAAUAUUACCCACCGGCUCGAGAAGCGCUCGCUGCUGAUUGCGAUCAACAGCGUAGCUGCUCUAUCCAUCUUCUUCUUCGGCUAUGACCAGGGCAUGAUGGGGGGCGUGAACAACGCCAAACACUACAUUGAGCUCAUGGGCUUUGGGCAUACAGAGGCCGUCAAUGGGUCAAAGCACAGCCCCGUCAUUACUGACAGCUUGCUUCAGGGGGGGAUUGUGUCGGUGUAUUACCUCGGCACUUUGGUGGGAGCUCUUGCCGGUGGAAUGGUUGGAGAUAGACUGGGACGCAUCAGAUCAAUCGCCCUGGGUGCUGUUUGGGGAAUCAUUGGAGCUGCAUUGCAGUGCUCUGCCCAAAAUCACGUCUGGAUGAUUUUUGGUACGGGCAUAUUGAAUGCGAUUGUGCCGGUAUGGGCCACAGAAACAGCAGAGCACAAGUCUCGCGGUCAAUUCAUUGCAAUUGAGUUCACUCUCAACAUCUUCGGAGUUGUCGUGGCCUAUUGGUUAGAGUUUGGCCUUGCAUUCAUUGACGAUGGUGCGACUGCUUUCCGCUGGCGUUUCCCAAUCGCCUUCCAGAUCCUCCCCCUGCUUCUCCUGUUUGGCAUUGUCUGGCUCUUCCCCGAGUCUCCCAGAUGGUUGGUCAAGAAGGGUCGUGAUGAAGAGGCCCGCUACAUCCUGAGCAAACUCCGAGGGACUGAAAGUGAAGAAGACAUUGCACGCGCAGACGCAGAAUUCAACGAUAUCAAACAAGUUGCUGCGCUCGAGGAGACAUACAGCACCUCGUACUUGUCUAUGUUUACUGGCCGUGGGUCAGGGAAACUGCAUAUCGGACGGCGUGUCCAUUUGGUUGUUUGGCUGCAGAUCAUGCAGGAAUGGGUUGGCAUAGCUGGUGUUACUAUCUAUGCCCCUACCAUCUUCCGCAUUGCAGGCUUUGACGCCAUAAAGAGUCAGUGGAUCAGUGGUCUGAACAAUAUAUUUUACAUGUUCGCUACGUUAAUCUGCGUCUUCACUCUUGACCGCAUUGGUCGCCGCUGGACUCUCUACUGGGGCUCAGCUGGCCAGGGAAUUGCCAUGUUCCUUGCUGGCGGGUUCUCACGCAUAGGCCUAGAUGCUACCGCAGCAGGAGACGGAGCCAAGGCCGCUUCAUACGGCGCAGCGGCAGCAUCGAUGAUCUUCAUUUUCACUUCGGUGUUUGGCGCCACCUGGCUUACCGUUCCGUGGCUCUAUCCCGCGGAAAUUUUUCCACUUGCAGUCCGGGCUAGAGGCAAUGCAUGGGGUGUAGUUGGCUGGAGCGUUGGUAAUGGAUGGCUGACUCUACUCUGCCCUGUGAUGUUCGAUGCCAUUGGAGAGAAGACGCUUUACAUCUUUGCCAUCAGCAACGCCAUCACUAUCCCCAUGGUGUGGGCACUCUAUCCAGAAUCCAACCAGCGCACUCUGGAGGACAUGGAUCUCCUCUUCGCUGCUGACACCCCCUGGACCUGGGACGCUGAGCGCACUUUUGCUGAGCUCAAGGCCCAGAAUACUUCUCCUGAGAUUAAGCAAUCUCGAGCUAACCGCUUUGGGCAGCCAGCGCAGUUUCAACGCAAAAAGAACUUCGACUUCAACCUCCGACUUUGCUUCACGAUCGUGACAUUUCUUUCCAUCUCCAUCCUCCAAAGCGCUCGCGAGCUGCCAAUUGACUGCUGUCGCUCCCUCUAUUUCCUCCUCGAAGCAGUGCUUUCUCCUUCCAAGCUUCUCUCUCCCCAAUCAUGUUCCGUACGGUCGUUCCUCGCCGUGCCUUUCAGACGGCUUGGGCUCCGUCCCAACGAACCGCCGCAACCGCUUACCCGGCCUUUGGGGCUUACAUUCUCCCCAGAUCAAGGAGAGGAUACGCUACAGAGCGGCGGGGUGGCUGGCUACGUUGCUGCCAUCAAGGCCGGUCAGGAGGGCCUAAAGACUGUCUGUAUCGAGAAGCGCGGUACCCUAGGCGGAACUUGCCUUAACGUCGGCUGUAUCCCAUCAAAGUCUCUCCUCAACAACUCCCAUCUCUACCACACCAUUAUGCACGACACGAAGAAGCGCGGUAUCGAAGUUGGCGAUGUCAAGCUCAAUCUCGAGCAGAUGAUGAAGGCCAAGGAAUCCUCGGUCGAGGGUCUCACCAAGGGAAUUGAGUUCCUCUUGAAGAAGAACAAGGUUGACUACCUCAAGGGUACCGGCUCUUUCGUUGACCAGAACUCCGUCAAGGUUGAACUCAAUGAGGGUGGUGAGCGUGUUGUCAAGGGCAAGAACAUCAUCAUUGCUACCGGCAGUGAAGCCACCCCAUUCCCCGGAUUGACCAUUGACGAGCAGAAGAUUAUCACCAGCACCGGUGCUCUUUCAUUGAAGGAAGUUCCAAAGAAGAUGGUUGUCAUUGGUGGUGGAAUCAUUGGUUUGGAGAUGGCCUCCGUCUGGUCUAGACUUGGCUCUGAAGUCACCGUCGUUGAAUUCCUCGGUCAGAUCGGUGGUCCCGGCAUGGACGCUGAGAUCUCCAAGCAGGCCCAGAAGCUCCUUGGAAAGCAGGGCAUCAAGUUCAUGACCGGCACCAAGGUUGUCAGUGGUGACGACAGCGGUAGUACCGUUACUUUGAACGUUGAGGCUGCCAAGGGUGGAAAGGAGAAGACCCUGGAAGCUGACGUCGUUCUCGUUGCCAUUGGUCGACGACCAUACACCGCUGGUCUCGGACUCGAAAACAUCGGCAUUGACAUCGACGAUAAGGGCAGACUAGUCAUCGAUCAGGAAUACCGAACCAAGUCCGAGCACAUCCGUGUCAUUGGCGACUGCACUUUCGGCCCUAUGCUCGCUCACAAGGCUGAGGAGGAAGCCGUUGCUGCCGUUGAAUACAUCACCAAGGGCCAUGGCCACGUCAACUACGCUGCCAUCCCAAGUGUCAUGUACACCUACCCUGAAGUCGCCUGGGUUGGCCAGAACGAGGCUGAGGUCAAGGCCUCCGGUGUUGAAUACCGCGUUGGAUCUUUCCCGUUCAGCGCUAACUCCCGUGCUAAGACCAACCUCGACAGCGAAGGUCAGGUCAAGUUCAUUGCUGAUGCAAAGACUGACCGCAUUCUUGGUGUCCACAUCAUCGGCCCCAACGCCGGUGAGAUGAUUGCUGAGGCCACCCUCGCCAUCGAGUACGGUGCUAGCUCAGAGGACGUUGCCCGAACCUGCCACGCUCACCCAACUCUCGCCGAGGCCUUCAAAGAAGCUGCUAUGGCCACCUACUCCAAGGCCAUCCACUUCUAA